UAGAUUUACUCGUAGUUUCCUAUACUUAUCUGCUAUUUUAUGAAGCUACCAUCUCUACUUAGUUACCUGUCGAAGACGACAGCGAUUAAAGUGUUAAUAAAGAUUGGAGCUAUGACACGAAGAAAAUUAAUUUAUUCGCAAUCAAUAGACAGCUUCAAACCAGUUCGUUCUAAUAUUAUUGAUAAAUAUCUCAAUGACAAAUUAAAUCGUCAGACAUCUUUAAAAUCUUUUCAAGAAGAAGAGACACCAGAUCAUGGUAGAGAUGUUGAUAAUUCUACGGAUAUUAAUUAUUGGCCCAAGUGUGAUUCAUCUAUUUGGAUGAGAUCUUGUGAAGAGGAAGUCAUUGUACCAAUAAAAGGUCAAAUUACUGGUGAAAUUCCUAAAUGGUUAAAAGGAACACUUCUGAGAAAUGGCCCAGGAAGUCUUAAAGUUGGAGAUUAUAAGUUUGAUCAUUUGUUUGAUAGUUCAGCUUUGCUACAUAAAUUUUAUAUAAAAAAUGGAGAAGUGACUUACCAGAGAAGAUUUGUACAAACAGAUGUCUAUAAAAAAAACCAUCGAGCAAAGAGAAUUGUUUUAACUGAGUUUGGAACCCGUGCUGCUCCGGAUCCAUGUCAAACUAUUUUUAAUAGAAUCGCUGCUAUCUUUAACCCUGCUGAUAAUGCCUCAGAUAAUUCCAUGAUAUCCGUUUAUCCUUUUGAUGAUGAAUUUUAUACUUUUACUGAAUAUCCUGUGAUCCACCGCAUCGAUCCUGAAACAUUAGAAACCAAGUCUAAAGUUAACAUCUCCAAGUAUGUUGGAAUAGUUAAUCAUACCUCACACCCUCAUGUUAUGGAAGAUGGUUCAGUUUUUAAUGUUGGCAUGAGCAUUACUUCUAAAGGACCUGCUUACAGUGUUGUACAGUUUCCUUGCAAGAAAGAUGAUCAGCGAUCAAUGUUUGAACAAGCAAAAAUAGUUGCUACUCUUCCUGUGAGAUGGAUGUUGAAUCCUUCAUAUAUGCACACUUUUGGGAUAACUGAUAACUUUUAUAUCAUUGUUGAACAACCAUUAGCUGUUUCAUUGGCUACUAUGGUUAAAAGUCAUUUGAACAAUGAUCCUUUAAACUCCUGUUUAAAAUGGCAUGAGAAUGAAAGUACUUUAAUCCAUGUGAUAUCAAGAAGUAAUGGUAAAUUAUUGAAAUCAUUUAUAGCUGAUACAUUUUUCUUUCUCCAUAUUAUCAAUCAAUUCGAGACUCUUGACAAAAAUUAUGUCGUUAUCGACAUUUGUUGCUAUAGAGAUGCAAAGAUGCUUAACUGUAUGUAUGUGGAUGAAAUGAAAAAUAUGCACAAAAAUCCAGAUUAUUCUAAAUUAUUUCGAGGUCGACCACUCAGAUUUAUUCUACCGAUUGGUGACAUAAAAGAUAAUAUUUCAGCUGAUGAGAAUUUAAUUCAAAUAAAUACAGUCCAUCAAAGAACUGAUAUUGAAAUAAUUAAUCAUGAUAAUUAUGAAAAAAAUAUCAAAAAUACUAUUUUAGAGCCGAAAGCUUCAGCUUACCGUUUAAAAUGUGGAAAGAUAUUUGUUCAACCGGAAUUGAUUUGUGAUUUAGGAUGUGAAACACCGAGGUUUAAUUAUGACAGGUGUCUUGGUAAAGAAUAUCGAUAUUUUUAUGCGAUAUCGAGUGAUGUAGAUCUUGAUAAUCCAGGAACACUUAUCAAAGUUGAUACAGCUACAAAAACAAAAACCACGUGGAAACAGGAUGGUUUGUAUCCAAGUGAACCGAUAUUCGUACCUCGACCUGGAGCAACAGAUGAAGAUGAUGGUGUAAUUUUAAGUGCAGCAAUUUUUGGUGAAAGUAAUGAAACUGAUAUAACAUUAUUGAUAAUUGACGCCAAAACGAUGAAAGAAAUUGGUCGAUCAAUAUUUUCAACACCUGGACCAGUUCCUAAAUGUUUACAUGGUUGGUUUACUCUUGAAAGAAGUAUAAGUUGAAUAUUAUUUAUAUAAAAUAAAUUAUUUUUAAUGUCUUUUUCAGUUUUUGAGUGUUUUUUUUUUCUUUUGAAUAUAGAUUUGUUUUUAUGUUUAUACAUUAUUUACAAGCAUAGAAUAAAAUUAUCUAUUAAUAUAUUACAAUUUUCAUUACUAAUUUUGUACCUCAGUAUUACUAAUUAGUCAUACACUUUU